AUGCUCGCCCAGACGCAGGGUGGCCGCGGCGGUGGAGAGACGACCGUUCCGGACAAUGGCGAGGUCAUUCAUAUAUCCUCUCUCGCUCUCUUGAAGAUGUUGAAGCACGGCCGUGCCGGCGUGCCCAUGGAAGUCAUGGGUCUCAUGCUCGGAGAGUUCGUGGACGAAUACACGGUACAUGUCAUCGACGUCUUCGCUAUGCCCCAAUCAGGAACGACGGUCUCCGUCGAGUCCGUCGACCAUGUGUUCCAGCAAAGGAUGGUGGACAUGCUGAAGCAGACGGGGAGGUCAGAAAUGGUGGUGGGGUGGUACCACUCUCACCCGGGCUUCGGGUGCUGGCUCUCAAGCGUCGAUAUCAACACGCAGCAGUCGUUCGAGCAACUCGACCGCCGUGCUGUUGCCGUCGUCGUGGAUCCCAUCCAGUCCGUGAAGGGCAAGGUGGUGAUUGACGCGUUCCGGCUCAUCAACCCUGCCAUGGUGCUCCAGGGACUCGAGCCCCGCCAGACGACGUCGAAUAUCGGGCACAUCAACAAACCCUCCAUUCAGGCCCUCAUCCACGGCCUCAACCGCCACUACUACUCGAUAGCGGUCAACUACCGGAAGACAGAGCUCGAACAGGCCAUGCUCAUGAACCUGCACAAGCGCAACUGGACAGAGGGUCUCACGCUGCGCGACUUCAAGGGCCACAAAGAGGGAAACGAGAAGGCGAUCAAGUCCAUGCUGUCGCUGUCGUCCGCAUACAACAAGUCGGUCCAGGAAGAGUCGACCCUGUCCGCCGACCAGCUGAAGACGCGGCACGUCGGAAAGCAGGACCCAAAACGCCAUCUCGAGGAGCAGGUCGAGAAGGCAAUAGGGGAUCAGGUGGUGCAGAACCUCGGCACGAUGCUUCUCGCAGAAUUGUAG